CUUCGUCCUUGGCUGGGCUCUUGACAGACACUCACGACGUCCUCAAGACCGCCGUUAGCCUCGUCAUUCUCACAGCGCUCGUUCUCAUCUCCACCAGGCAAUUUCCGACCCUGCUCUCGUCUUCUCCUAGGCGUCGAGAGCUCCUCCUUGUCCUGUUUGUUCCAUCAGGGAGAUACAGCCGCGCUCCUCACCCUUCACUCUAGCCGUUCUGGCUGGCACUCACACUCUUUGAAACCUCCACUCCUUUGCGUCAACCCUGCCUUGUCGAUUUUGGUUGAUAUAUAAUUAGGAAGAAAACAGAAUAAUGUUCACUCCACCUCCGAGUCCCCUCCCCCCUCAGACCAGGCCAGGUUGCGACCGCGCUCCUUCAAGGUCUCUGCUUCCGCUCUCUGAAGCAGACCUCGAUCCCCGCGAUCGCUCUCCUUCUCCCGCCCCAUCAUCCGACGACUCAACAUCCCGCUCUUCCUCGCCCUACUCCCAGUACUCCUACGUGGACAAUGAUGCUAUCGUUACCUCGGUACCCACGCUAUCUAAGCACCUCACUCGAAGGUCCCUAUCCGUCAACCUCAAAGCAGCUUCGUCAACUGCUCAGUCCCAGCCCGGGUCUCCGUGUACGCCACGCCUCAAGCCCAAGUCCUCGCGGUCCAUCAAGCUGACCAUGAUCCUCGUCCCUAUCACCCUCGUUCUCAUUGCCCUGUACACGCGGUUCGCCUCGCAUCCCGCGGCAUUGGACGCCUUUACCCCGUUCUCUCCGAAGCACGACCUUCAAUGGGGCCUGCACGAGCGGCACGGACAGAGCGAGGGAAUAGCGCGGCGUGCGCUGCCUUCUUCGUUCGAUAUGGCAGUCGCACGAAAACGUGCUGAGGCGAGGAUCCAGCACCGUGAGGAUAUAUUGGCCCAGGCCUUACCUGCGCCUGUGGAUCUCGGAGCUGCGGUCUCGAAGCCCAGGAUGAUCGUGCGUCAGGACAGUAGCACGAACCCCACGCCGACGGUGCCGUCGAGCCCAGUUUUGCCUACGCCGUUCCCGCAGCCGUUCGACACGACGAUGAGCACCAACUUCUCGACGCAGAGCUGCUACAACUUCUUCUUGAACAUGACGCAGACGCAGCCCUUCCGUGACUGUCGACCUUUUUCACUGUUGCUACUUCACUCGGACAAGUUCAUUACUAGCCAGCGAGAUAUCAACGCGCUGAACGUCGACAUCUACGGUACCUGUAACACCGCAACAUCUGCCUCCCAGUGCCAAUCCAACAUGGUCUGGUUCGCUGGUCAGCUCAAAGCCGCCUGCCAAACCGACAUCGCCGACAACAAUGAAAUGGCGUCGUCGACGCUCUACGGGCUGGAGGCGUACACUUUGAUGCGCAACUCGGCGUGCGCGACGAACCCGUCGACAAACGCGUACUGCUACAUUGAGGCCGUCGCGACGCAGGACCAAAGCUCGUACUACUUCUACGAGCUGCCCGUGGGGAUGCCGCUCGCGGUCGACAUUACGAAUCAGGCGUGCAACGAUUGCAACAAGAACCUCAUGGAUUCGUAUGCGAGCGCGCUACAGAGCAGCCCGGACACGAUGUUGGGCCUCAAUGGGACGUAUGAGGACGCGGCGAGCAAGCUCGUGGGGUCGUGCGGCGCUGGGUAUGUCGACACAAGCAUCAAACCCAGCAGCAACAGUGCCCUUCCGCAGGGCGCCGUCAAUGGAUUGUUGGUCGCAGCGAUCGCGGCGGUUGUGGGGAUCGUCUUGACGUGAGAUGCUGGAUGGGUGGAAUUUUUUGAGUUCUUCUCAUUUUGGUCUUGCACUCGUGACGACUUCCUCCCCCUGGACACGACUUCUCGACGACCCCUUCUCCCCCUGUAUUCUGGCUUCUCCACCUCCGACCUCCCGCGCCCACCUUAGAUGCUGAUGUUUGUUUGCUUCUACACUGGGCGGUCCAUACACGACCGCCGUCCAUUCUUUUCGCCGCUCCUCCCUUUCUACAUACUCCCCCUCAUGUUUGCGGCGCAUGUAAAACCUCAAAUCCCCUCUACCUUUCGUAAAGGUGGACCGUCGCACACGCUCCUGGAUACCUUUUCACUCCUCGUUCGCCCCGUGCUCACGAUCCCCAGCGUGCUAUCUCUAGCUAGCAGCAAUUGGGCUUGCUUACAAUAUACUGAUACUUUAUCCUAUUUAUUGGAUGCUGGUGUUUUCUAGACGCCGUUUUCUGAACUUACGCUUAUACCAUUCAAGUUAUCACUAAGCUUAUCGACAUUUGUCGUUUACGCCCUUUCUACACACGCAGCAUCAGCAUCGAACAUCUCUUGACCUCGCACCCUACCUCGCACCCUGAACUACCUAGUAAUUCUCAUCCCGCGAGCAGUAGCCGCACCUACCCUCGCCCGCCACCACUUGACCGUUCGAACGUAUAUACCCUUCCACACAUCCUUCAGUUUACCCCGCUUGGUUUGCCAAGCGCGUGUUGUUGAUAAAAUACUUAUAGUAAACUAAGAACCUCUUUGCAAACGCACGCUUGACAGCCUUAGUCCGUUCGUAUCGCUGCAGUUGUGGUUCUGUGGUCGUUGGGUUAUUAAAUUUGGGGUUGUUGCUGGGAAUCUUUGGUGCUCGCUCUGAUAUCACAUCUCAUCGUUUCUAUGCUUUUCUUGCUUCUUAGCCUUGGCACUUCAAGUUGGCUCCUCGUUCUCAUUUCACUUCGUUCGCUUAUAUGGGUUUUAGGAUCAGUUCGGUCAUGUAAA